AUGGCUUAUGCUCAAAUCCGCAACCGGUUGCGAAACACCGGAUCGAAGUCGAAUGUUGAUGGGAGGAUUCGACUGGAGAUUUCGAGUUCAACUGUCAAUUCUGAGGAAGCAGUAAAGGAAAAAGAAAAGGAAUCAGACCAAAGCUAUGGAAUGGGGAAUGGUCCGGGUCCAAUAGUGGCCGGUUAUGAGCUGUGGGUUGAUCGCGUUCACGGAAAGAAAGAACCAUCCCCAGAGUCGCAUAGCUUCCCAUCUCGCGCCGCCGUUCCUGAAAAUCACCCCUCCCACGGUCAACCAGAGUUGCCGUCAGUCAUCCCAAUAAACGUUGCCAGUAUAGAAGAGAAUCAGCGCCCCCCUCCACCGGUUAUUCGGUUCAGAGAUCUCCUGUUCUCCGCCCGGAAGUACUGCGACAGAGCCAGGGCCACGGAGACAAGGAGAGAGCCCCAUAAAAUAGCCGAACCGAAAGGCAAUGGCCGCGAUCGACCCGAGACUCCUACGAGUAUUGUAUCAUAUUAUGCUGGAGAUCGGUCAGCCUCAAACACACGUGUUUUGGUCAUCGCCCUACAUCCUCCCGCUCAAAUCAUCAACCUUUUCAUGAAUCACGAACAACAAUUACCUAGUCUAGGUGGUGGUAACCGCCUCGUGCUCGGAAUAUCCGGGGCGGCCGUCUCUCUGUCCGCAAACAGAUACAUCUCGGAAGAUGCCACUAAAGCAUUCCAGGUGGGCGCAGCGCUCCCCCAACAAUCGAAGAGAUUACUUUCACGUCCGGUAAGGUUUUUGAGUUUGAUCCCCCGCACGGCACAAGCGAGCUCUGUUAGUCAUUUACGGAUUACCCUCCAAUCGAGGCCGGGGUGGCGGUUCUUGUGA